AUGAAACCACUGAAUUUAUUUAAUUCUAAUUCUUUCCCUUCUUUUGAAUCGGUCAACAAUAACCACCAUUGGGAUCUUUUGGCAUCAUCUUUCUAUCAUACUCUAUACAACUCACUUCCUUUUCGACUUUUGGUGUUAGGCAAUCAAAAUUUGUCUACCAAUUAUUACGUUUAUUAUUUUUCUCCCAUUUACACAAAUCUUAAACAAUACUCUAUAACUAAUUUGUUGCUCGCUUAUACUUUACCUUUUCUUUACAUCUUUUCUCCAACUUUGAUCGUGCCAGCAAUAUUCGUCAGGUCAUUGCAGUUUUUUGCUUCUAAGACAAUAGCAAUUGGCUCAUCCUCUUCUUCUUCACAAAGAAGUGACGGAGGGGAGGGUGGCAGUGAUAAUUUAACUUCGGUACAAGACAUUGAGUAUUGGUUGCAAAGAUGUUCAAUAUGUUUUGAUGCUCAACUUGAUUUCUGUUUGGAUCUUUGUAGAGAUCAAUUUUGUAAAGAUUGUUUCCAAAGAUAUGUUAAGGAAGUAGUUCAAAAUUCUUGGGGACUUAAUAUCACUAAAAUUAAAUGUCCUGUUUGUCAAGAUGUAAUAUCUCAAUCAGAGUGGAGCAAGUAUGUUGAUCAAAACACAAUUGAUUUGUAUAAUACGUACAAUAGACCAUACAGAUCGUAUUCACGUUGUUGUAAUGAAUGUGGUGAAGAAAUUUUUGCUGCAAAAGUUUUCCAAGUUUGUGCUGAAGAAAAAGAAAAAUACUUUAAAGAAAUUUCUGUUCUACUUCGUAAAUUUUUGGAGACUUAUGGUGUAAAUAAUAAUAAACCUCUUAAAGGGAAAAGCAUUGCUAAUUCUCAAUUUGCAACAAUAAAUAAUAUCAGUGAUGUUGACAUGUUUAUCGCAAGAUUUGAGAAAGAUUACUUGACUUUUAUUUCAAAUGAUAAUCCUGGUGUGGGAGUUUUUGAAAUGUAUCAAUAUGUUGCAAAAAAAAUUGGCGAUUGUCUUGGUUUAAGUUUCGGAAUGAAUAAUCGAAGAUCAACAACAAAAUUUACCCGUAAUAAAUUAAAGAUCCAUUCUGAUAUGGUAAAAUCAGCGGCUGAAAUCUCUUCAAAAAUCGUAGCUUUGGAAAUUAGACCUGAAUCUUGGAAAGAAUUACAAUUUAUGCAUGUUGCCAAUUUUCCUCAGUCGCGUUGCACCAAGUGUUACAAUGAUAUUUGUCUUCAAUGUGGUGAAUCUACUCAUCAUCCAGGAAUGACAUGUAUUCAAUUUAUGCGUUACAAAGUAGCGAACCCUCAUCUAUUUAUUAUGAAUAAUUCAAAAACUCAAGCUACGUAUCAUAAUAAUAUAAACAACAACACUGUAGAUGCUUUGGAAAUUAUUAAAUGGAAACUUGAAAAUUCUAAAUCUUGUCCAAACUGUUCAAUAUUAAUUAAUCGUGAUGAUGGCUGCAAUAAAGUUGAUUGUUUACAUUGUGGAUAUAGAUUUUGUUGGCCUGAAAUUGGAGUUCCAAACGUGAUUGCUAUUCAAUCGAAACUCAUAGCAAAUCCUUCAAUUUGA